AAAAGUGUAUGAAUAAUUUUUUUUCUCUGCUUCCGAAGAAAAUCGGCGAUCAAUCUCUUUCGAUCACGGCUGACUUCAGGCUUUCGUUGCUGAUCAUAUCCAGGAAACGGCGGCCGGUGUUGGAAAAUGCCUUCUCUCAACUCGCAACAAUGGCAGGAGAAGGCCAGUGGCUUCUUUUCUUCCUCAGGGUUGAAGCUUAGGGAAGCCAGGCAAUCAGCCGGCACAUUUGUUGGGGAAGUUGCUAAGGACGCAAAAGUAAAUGUUGCUGAUGUUGCAGAAAGGGUUGGAUCAUUGUUCAAAACCCGGUGGGCACUACUUCAGCAGCCUUCAACGAGACAUGCUGUGCAGGAACGUCUCAUAACGGCUGCUGCCACAACCGGCACACUGGUUAGGAAGGGAAUAACCGAGACAAAGGAAAAGGUCUCGGUUGGAAAGACCAAAGUGGAGGAGGUGGCGAAAAAGACUGCACAAAAAAGCAAGACCAUUUUAACGGACAUAGAAAGGUGGCAAAAGGGAGUCGCCAGUUCUGAUGUUUUCGGAGUCCCAAUUGAGAUAACCGUUCAGCGACAGGAAUCAAGCAGGCCUAUUCCAUUCAUACUGAUUAACUGCGCAGAUUAUCUUGUAUCAUCAGGGUUGAAUACAACGAACUUGUUCAAAGCAGAAGGAGAUAAAAAGCUGAUUCAGCAAAUGGUUUCUGCUUACAAUCAAGAUUCCGAUGCCUCUAUACCCGAGGGUGUGAGCCCGAUUGAUGUUGCAGAGCUGAUGAAAUGCUAUCUUGCAAGCCUUCCUGUGCCACUUGCUACCUUUGAGCUUUACAACGAGAUUAAAGAUGCUCGGUCUAGCGUACAUAGAAUGAGAACUGCGCUCCAGAAGCUUCCAAAUGUAAACUAUGUGACACUGGAGUUCAUAACCUCGCUCUUGCUUCAUGUCAGCCAAAAGUCGCUACUGAACAAGAUGGAUGCUCAUAGCUUAGCCAUGGAGAUGGCACCGCUGAUAAUGUGGAGAGAUGGAAAGAGGCCGGAGACUUAUCGGGAAUGCUGGAAGCGCCCAUCUAGAAGUCCUAAGAAAAGCAACGAUUUUGAAACUGCUUCUGCAUGGGACUUGCUCUCAGAAGAGGGAGAAGAACUAGACGGUGCCUCUUCCAUCCCUCUAGACGACAGCUUGCAGAUUGAUUUAGGUGCAGUGGAGGUUGUCCAGUGCCUCGUAGAGCAUCACAACGAUAUCUUCACCGACGCAGACGAGACUGUAUGGAGGUGAAUGAAUCAGAGAUCAUAAGUACACUGACCACCAAACCGAAUAACAAAUGCCCAGAUGAUAUUAUGGAUUGCAUCCCAUCAGAAAUCCCAUUGGGUCAGAAGAAGAAGAAACCAUUAGGUUCUGUGAAGACAGAAACACUUAUGUGACUCUGCAGCGGAUUGAGUAGAGGAUUUUUCACUUCUUGUGGUCUCUGUCUGUAUAUCUUAGAGCUUAGAGUAUUAAAGCUGGUCUGUCUGGCCAGAACACAUGCUUCUGUUUUAUACCAAAUUCAGUUGAAUCAUUGGUUGCUUCUGCUCUGUAGCGUUGAAACAUGAACUAAGCCUUUGGAACAGCAAUAAACUCAGCUCAUAAACUGAAUGGGUAUUUAAGCUUCAA